CCAUAGGCUUUUUUCCACCGGAAGUGCAAUUCUCGGCUCCGUCUGUGGGAACGUGGCGCGAGAGAUCUGGGCACCACUUGUGUACAUAUGCAAUUCUGUCUGGAAAAGGAAAUCAGUAAAUAGGUUUCUUUCGCCUUUUAUCUAAAGUCCGGGGGAUUUUUGCUAUCUGUGAUUUUAAAUCGACAGGACGCAGCGCCCAUCAAGGUGGAAAUGCCUCGUAGACGACAGAGACAUAUGGCUGGGAGUGGCUCAGAUGGAACUGAAGACUCUGACUCCUCCACUGAAAGAGAGCCAACCAAUAGUUCAGAAAGCGAUGGAAACAUUCCCAAGCGACAGCGCCUCACUAGAGCCUCUACUCGCCUUAGCCAAAGCUCUCAGGAUACUCCAGACAUAAAGCGAGCUGCAGACCAUGAUGAGUCUCCACCACUGACGCCCACAGGAAAUGCCCCCUCCUCUGAAUCUGAGCUGGACAUCUCCAGCCCCAGUGCCUCUCAUGAUGAGAGUCAGGCCAAAGAUCAAGUCAACAGAGAUUCAGAUAAGGACCUCUCCCAUCGACCCAAGCGCCGCCGCUGUCACGAAACCUACAACUUCAACAUGAAGUGCCCUACGCCAGGGUGUAAUUCACUAGGUCACCUUACAGGGAAACAUGAGCGUCAUUUUGCUGUGUCAGGUUGCCCUCUUUACCACAAUCUUUCUGCUGAUGAAUGCAAGGUGAAAGCCAUCAGCCGUGAGAAACAAGAAGAAGAUUCGAAGGGGCAGGAGGAAAGUAACUCGCGCCAUGCAACUCGUAACCAGACACCAACAUCAAAACAGAGCAGAUACAAAGAGCAGGUGGCCGAGAUGAGGAAGGGGCGAAACUCUGGCCUACAGAAGGAGCAGAAAGAAAAGCACACGGAGCAUCGACAGACACACAGCAACACCAGAGAGCCCCUGUUGGAGAACAUCACCAGUGACUAUGAUCUGGAGCUUUUCAGGAAAGCCCAGGCCCGUGCAUCCGAAGACCUGGAGAAGCUGCGUAUCCAGGGUCAGAUCAUUGAGGGCAGCAACAUGAUCAAGACCAUUCUGUUUGGGCGCUACGAGCUGGACACCUGGUACCACUCACCCUAUCCUGAGGAGUACGCCCGUCUGGGUCGUCUCUACGUCUGCGAGUUCUGCCUCAAGUACAUGAAGAGCCAGACCAUCCUCAGGCGACACACGGCCAAGUGUGUGUGGAAGCAUCCUCCAGGAGAUGAGGUGUACAGAAAGGGGGCUAUAUCUGUGUUUGAAGUUGAUGGCAAAAAGAACAAGAUCUACUGCCAGAACCUGUGUUUACUUGCCAAGCUUUUUCUGGACCACAAAACACUGUACUACGACGUGGAGCCUUUUCUCUUCUAUGUCAUGACCGAGGCAGACAACACUGGCUGCCAUUUAGUGGGAUACUUUUCCAAGGAAAAGAACUCUUUCCUCAACUACAACGUGUCCUGUAUCCUUACCAUGCCACAGUACAUGAGGCAGGGCUUUGGCAAGAUGCUCAUUGACUUCAGCUACCUGCUGUCCAAAGUGGAAGAGAAGGUAGGCUCACCGGAGAGGCCUCUGUCUGACCUGGGCCUCAUCAGCUACCGUUUGUGCUGGGAAGGAGGACUCAGGUAUAUGUACAACUUUCAAGGCAAGGAGAUCUCUAUCAAAGAAAUCAGUCAGGAAACUGCCGUCAAUCCGGUGGACAUCGUGAGCACUCUGCAGUCUCUGCAGAUGCUGAAGUACUGGAAGGGAAAGCACUUGGUGUUGAAGCGACAGGACCUGAUUGAUGAGUGGAAAGCAAAGGAGAUCAAGCGAGGAAACAGCAACAAAACCAUCGACCCAAGCUCGCUAAAAUGGACCCCUCCCAAGGGGACGUAAGCACUAAGACCCUCAGGCUACAGAAUUCAGGCUACAGACUCGCCUCCAGCCUCACUAGCCACAAGUAGCCUAGACCUACAGACUGUCAAAGAGCAGUGCUCUUUCUUUUUUCUUUUUACACUGCUUGUUUGUGUCAUUCAACUUUUUUUUUUACUUUUAUAUUCUACUUUCAUUUAUGUUUUAAGCACCAUAAGUUCCAAGCUAAAUGAUUCCUGAUGCAAACAAUUAAUGGUAAAGAAUCCAUAACCUGUUUGUUUUGGAACUGCCUACGUCUACUAAGCUUUGAAUAUUAAAUGUUAAACAGUCCAGUGAGGUGGAAAAUAUGAAUGUUUUGCUUUGCUCAUGCAAAUAAUACAUGCUUAUAUCUGGCAGCGUUUACAGGCUGUUCAUUUUGUUUUGUUUUUUUUCUCAAGAAAUGUGCAUUUUAAAGAUGGUGGUCAGUUUUGUUUGGAGUUAAGAUAUAAUUGUUAGCCUGCAUCGCAUCUGCUAGCAGAGUGUGUUUUGAGCGGCAUGAUGUAUGAUAAUGUCUUUGGUUGGUGUAAAAUUGUAUAGCUCGAUAUUUUUCCUCCCUUGGCUCCAUCAGUGCAGGAUUUGGACCCGUUCCUCUGAUGAACCUGCCAAAUAAUGGAGUAAUAAAUUCAGAUAUUUUUUAAUUUGCUAAGAAUAUGGGGGGAAAUGAUGACAAUUCUGCUGUAAGAAUGCACAGAAACCUCAGGUUUUUAUACUGAUAGUCGUACCUUGCUCGUGCGGAUUCUCUGAGCCAUCAGUCACAGUAGUUGUUGGGAGUGGUUUUACCCUGGUUGAAGACUCUGUGAUAAGACAUUUUAAUAGGACUGUCUUCGCCUUGUGCUUUUAAUCAUAGUUGUUAAAUGUGUAUUAGUACUUUGAUAUUUUUAAUAUCAGUAAAGCCACCUUGAUAUUUUCGAAAAAA